GCAUGCUGCUUAAAGCAAAACUCGGAGGUGUGCAGAAAUUUGUUAGAGUAUCUGAGCCAAGCCUUAAGGAGUUUUUGAUUGCCGCAUUUGCAAAGUUUGGUGCGCCAGCCGUAACAGAAGGAGUGAAAGUUUUUGAUAGUUCAGGGACUGAGUUGGAUGAGGAUGUUUUUGAGGAUAUAGUAACAGAUCCCUCAACCGGGGUACUAACCAUCAAAUAUGAAACAGGUCUGGAAACAUCUGUUGCAGAAGUGUCUCCUGAGCGGUUCCAGUUAUCAUCGCCACAUUCAUCAGAUUCACAGGAUACGGUCAUCCUUUCAGACAGCCCUUUGAGGAAACGUCAGAAGCUGGAUGCAGAAGCUAAGCAAUUGGUGGAAUCCAUUCUCACAAGCAAACCUGGUGGAGAACGUAUAAUAAAUGAGUACAAUCGGACCAAGUCCCUGGUGGAUGAAACCAGAAGAAAAAUGGUCAACAUACUGGUAGCUGACAUGACAGAAAAAAAUGGUACAUCACCACCACGGCAGGUAAAAGAAAUGUAUGCCAGAGGAAUUGUAACCUUUUUCCCUUACCUCAGUGACCCAUCGAACAGGAUUUUAUACUGA